AUGGAAGGAAACUCCAGCGCCAAUAUGGUACAAACACAUAUUUUCUCCCCCCUCAAUAACACCGAUAUCAACGCCUGUCGACGGCUCCUACGCGGGAUUCACUACCGCCUCGUCAGUUACUACUUUGAUCCAGCCCACCCAGACGAAGCAGCACUCUCGUUUCAAGAGUCCGCGAUCGUGACGACCAUCAUGACUUCCAUCUGUGCCAAUCCAGAGGAGGGGCUUCUUCUACACGCGAUUCUGGCGUUGGUUGAGCAAGAGCGUCGGGAGCCAGAGAAGGAUGAUCGGCUCCUUUUGAUGAUGCGUUAUGUGGGUGAUCUCGCGCCGGAAGAUCAUCUUUUGUACCCCAGAGCCUAUAUUGGGGAGUUUGAGAAGGCGAGGAAGAAUUAUUGGGGACCAGAGGGGUUGGGGAGAGUGUUUCGUUUUAGGAGGGAGGAUUUGGCUUUGCUUGUGAGUUCUGUUUUUGUUUACUUCUGAGGGCAAAAUUUGUACCACUCCAGUACUUGGAGAUAUUUAUUUCAUGUCGUCAACUAUUGUAUAGCUCUUACUACUGGAGUGACUAACAUUUGUUCAGGCACCUGCUGCUCUCUUCCCGCUAAGCAAAUAUAACACCUUAAUCAAUGGCAGAAAGGUGGUGGGAGCUGCUUCAGUGGUAGCGAAGCUCCCAGCCAACCAGGAAGAGGCGAUACAAUCAAUUGAGAAAGACGAAGCUGUUUCAGAGAAGACUAGCUUAUAUUUCAAGAACACAAACCUCGAUGAUAUGGCCCGCAAAUACCAAACCUCCCCCGCCAACUCAUCCCAACACCCUGUCUCAAAGCUCGCACGAAAAUCACCAAGCUCCGAUUCCCUCAGCUCCCUCUCCUCAACAUCCGAUCCCUUCCUAGCCGGCACAUGGAUCCACGAAAUCCCUCACACCCAAGCGAGAGAAUACAAGGAAAGCGAAAACGACGCCGACUCGGAAUACAACAGCGAUUUCAGCUUUCCAACUCCAGAUUCGUCCAUAGCCGAGGAGGAAUUCCAUUACGAGCGAAUGAGCGAUGUGGAUUUGGAUGCUUACUAUGCGAGAGAGAUUCAGCGACAGAAUCGUGAGAGUCCGGGGAGUGUUCCGAUUCCGUGCCCUUAUAAUAGUCCUGAGCUGGGUUAUGGGAUGAUUUUUGUUCCUUGUAAUACGCCUGAGUCGGGGUUUCUGAGUGCGGAGGCAGAGGGGGAGGAAGGUAUCCAUGCGUGA